UUUCCCUUUCUGCACUAAUUCACUAAACUUUUUCUUUCCUCACGAGCCAGCGCCGCAAGUUUCCCCAUUCAGCCACCGUAGCGUAUCCCGUUACAAAAAGCGGAUUCCGGGCUGGACAGCCUCAACGCACUCCGACAGUUAGAAGCUCUCACCCUGGAGUGGAAGUGGACAGGACAAGUGGUGCUCGGAGGUGUCCAGGCGAUCAGAGUGAGUGAGUGUUAAGAGUGAGGACUCGGGGAGCAGCACGGCGUGGGCUGAUGGGGGCUUGGACUGUGGCCAGGGUGGUGCUGGGAUGGGCUGCCGUGUACUGGGUGUCUCUCCAGACGGUGCAGGCUCAGGGAGACGGAGGCCUGCAGGCGAGCCUCUUUAACGGAAAGCCGGAGGGGGAGGUCCAGCAGAGGGUGCGCCGGAGAGGACAAGAUACCCUCAGGGGGCCCAAUGUGUGUGGUUCUCGAUUCCAGCCUUACUGCUGCCCAGGAUGGAAAACACUGCCUGGGGGAAACCAGUGUAUCGUUCCAAUUUGUAGGAACUCCUGUGGUGAUGGCUUCUGCUCGAGGCCAAAUAUGUGUACCUGCUCCAGUGGUCACCUCGCUCCCAGCUGUGGAGCUGCAGCUGCUGCAGUUCAGUCCUGUAGUGUCCGGUGUAUGAACGGAGGCGCCUGUAAUGAAGAUUCCUGUGUAUGUAUGAAGGGAUAUACAGGGACUCACUGCGGACAGCCUGUUUGUGAGAAUGGGUGUCAGAAUGGCGGGCGUUGCAUUGGACCAAACAGAUGUGCGUGUGUUUAUGGAUUUACUGGUCCACAGUGUGAGAGAGACUACAGGACCGGACCAUGCUUCACACAGGUCAGCAACCAGAUGUGUCAGGGUCAGCUGAGUGGCAUUGUGUGCACCAAGACGCUGUGCUGCGCCACCAUCGGCCGAGCUUGGGGUCAUCCUUGCGAGAUGUGCCCUGCCCAGCCACACCCCUGCCGCCGAGGGUUCAUCCCCAACAUCCGCAGUGGCGCCUGCCAAGAUGUGGACGAAUGCCAGGCCAUCCCUGGUCUCUGUGCAGGAGGGAACUGUAUUAACACUGUGGGUUCGUACGAGUGUAAAUGUCCUGCAGGCCAUCGGCAGAGUGAGACCAACCAGAAGUGUGAAGAUGUGGACGAAUGUUCCACCAUCCCUGGGGUUUGUGAUGGUGGAGAAUGCACCAACACUGCUGGCAGCUACGUCUGCACCUGUCCUCGUGGCUUCGUCACCAGUGCAGAUGGGUCAAGAUGUAUAGAUCAGAGACUGGGGGUGUGUUUCGCCUCCUUGGCUAAUGGGCGCUGUGCGAUGGAAAUGACGGGCCAGUACACCAAGAUGCAGUGCUGCUGUGAUACAGGUCGCUGCUGGGCCAUGGGUCACAUCCCAGAGAUGUGUCCAGUCCGGGGUUCUGAUGAAUACCGGAGGCUGUGCAUCGAGGGAAUUCCCUUUACAACCGGUAGAGAGACUAUUAACGUGUUUAAUGGUCACAAGUAUCCUGGACAGAAUGGGCACGGGCAUGGCAAUGGCAAUGGAAAUGGCAACGGCAAUGGAGGAGACUGGACCAAGAUUGACACACGUCCAAUUAUUGUCCUGCCUCAGAACUUAAGCACAUCCAUCGAUGUGUGUAAACAUUUCCCCAAUCUGUGUCUGAACGGCCGCUGCAUCCCCACCCCCAACAGCUACCGCUGCGAGUGUAACAUGGGCUACAUUCAGGAGGGGCCUGGCCAGUGCACAGAUAUGGACGAGUGUAGCAGUAACCCCUGUGUGAACGGAGACUGCAUUAACACCCCGGGUUCGUACCACUGCAAGUGCCAUGAGGGGUAUCAGGGCACCCCCACCAAGCAGGCCUGCAUCGAUAUUGACGAGUGUAUCGUAAACGGAAUCAUGUGUCGCAACGGCCGCUGUGUGAACACAGAAGGAAGCUUCCAGUGCAUCUGCAAUGCUGGCUUUGAGAUCAGUCCUGAUGGGAAGAACUGUAUAGAUCAUGAUGAAUGUGCGACCACCAACAUGUGUCUGAAUGGCAUGUGCAUCAACGAGGACGGCAGCUUCAAGUGCAUCUGUAAACCUGGCUUCACCCUGGCUCCAAACGGACGCUACUGUGUCGACAUCGAUGAAUGCCAGACGGCGGGUAUCUGCAUGAACGGCCGCUGUCUGAACUCGGAGGGUUCGUUCCGCUGCGAGUGCCCGCCGGGGCUGGCCAUUGACUUGGAUGGCCGUGUUUGUGUGGACACACACAUGCGCACCACCUGCUACGGCGCCAUCAAGAUGGGCACAUGCUCGCGGCCGUUCCCUGGUGCCGUGACCAAGUCGGAGUGUUGCUGUGCCAGUCCUGAGCACGGGUUUGGCCAGCCAUGUCAACCUUGCCCUGCUCGCAACUCAGCUGAGUUCCAGGCUCUGUGCAGCAGUGGUAUUGGCAUGACGAUAGACGGAAGAGACAUCAACGAGUGCGGUUUGAACCCAGACAUCUGCAAGAAUGGGGUGUGUGAGAACCUGCGUGGGAGCUACCGCUGCAUCUGCGACUUCGGCUGGGAACCCGACUCCAGUGGCAAGAACUGCGUGGAUGUGGAUGAGUGUCUGGUGAACCGGCUGCUGUGUGAUAACGGCCAGUGUAGGAACACGCCUGGCAGCUAUGCCUGCUCCUGUCCCAAAGGUUUCAUCUUCAAAGCUGACUCAGAGACGUGUGAAGACAUUAAUGAGUGCGAGUCUAGCCCCUGCAUCAACGGAAUCUGCCGGAACGUGGCCGGCUCCUUCACCUGCGAGUGUUCUCAUGGCAGCAGGCUAGACUCCAACAACAUCUGCGUGGAGAGUAUGAAAGGUACUUGUUGGCUGCAUGCACAAGAUGGCCACUGUGAGGUGAACAUCAACGGAGCCACGCUCAAAUCAGAGUGCUGCUCCACUCUGGGCGCAGCAUGGGGAAGUCCAUGUGAAAUCUGUGAAGCAAACCCUCACUGCCCUCGUGGUCUCACUCGGAGGAAGGGACUUGUGUGUGAAGACAUUAAUGAGUGUGAGGUCUUCCCGGGGGUGUGCACUAACGGACGCUGCGUGAAUACACAUGGCUCGUUCCGUUGCGAAUGCGCCGAGGGGCUCACGCUGGAUGAGAGUGGCCGCACCUGCGUCGAUAUCCGCAGUGAGCAGUGUUAUCUGAAGUGGGAUGAGGAUGAAUGUGGCGAGCCGUUGCCGGGCCGUUACCGUUUGGACAUGUGCUGCUGCUCGGUGGGUGAAGCGUGGGGUGCUGACUGUGAGGCCUGCCCUAAACCCGGCACUCCAGAGUACAAGAGCAUCUGCCCUCGAGGCCCAGGCUUCGCCAACAGAGGAGACAUCGUCACAGGCAGACCUUUCUACAAAGAUGUGAACGAAUGUAAAGUGUUUAAGGGCCUGUGUACACACGGAACAUGCCGGAACACCAUCGGCAGCUUCAAGUGUCGCUGUAACAACGGUUUCGCGCCGACCAUGGAGCAGAGGAACUGCACAGACAUCGAUGAGUGUGCUAUCUCUCCGGACCUAUGCGGUCAGGGUACGUGUGUGAACACACCAGGCAGCUUCGAGUGUGAGUGCUUCGAUGGCUACGAGAGUGGCUUUAUGAUGAUGAAGAACUGCAUGGACAUUGAUGAAUGUGAGCGAGAUCCCCUGCUGUGUCGUGGAGGUACAUGUCUGAACACCGAGGGCAGCUAUGAGUGCGAAUGCCCCCGAGGUCACCAGCUCAGCCCUGAGGGCUCUGCCUGCGAAGAUGUGAAUGAGUGCGAGCUGAGUGACAACCUCUGCAGGAACGGCAAGUGUGUGAACAUGGUGGGCUCCUACCAGUGCUCGUGUAACACAGGCUACCAGGCCACUCCAGACCGGCAGGGCUGUGUGGAUAUCGAUGAGUGCACAAUCAUGAACGGAGGCUGUGAUACACACUGUACAAACUCAGAAGGCAGCUAUGAGUGCAGCUGCAGUGAGGGAUACGCCCUGAUGCCUGACCUCAGGACCUGUGCUGACAUCGACGAGUGUGAGGACACUCCAGAUAUCUGUGACGGUGGUCAGUGCACCAACAUCCCCGGAGAGUACCGCUGCCUCUGCUUCGACGGCUUUAUGGCCUCCAUGGACAUGCGCUCCUGCGUGGAUGUCAACGAGUGUGACCUGAACCCCAACAUCUGUCUGCAUGGCGAAUGUGAGAACACCAAGGGCUCUUUCAUCUGCCACUGCCAGUUGGGAUACUUUGUGAAGAAAGGCUCUACUGGCUGUACAGAUAUCAACGAGUGUGAGAUCGGUGCUCAUAACUGUGACACGCACGCCGCCUGCAUCAACAUCCCUGGGAGCUUUAAAUGCCGCUGCAGGGACGGCUGGGUGGGAGACGGAAUUAAAUGUAUAGAUAUGGAUGAGUGCUCCACAGAGGACCACAGCUGUAACCCCAACGCUGAGUGUGUCAACACUCCCGGCUCAUACCGCUGCGCCUGCAAGGAGGGUUUCAAUGGAGAUGGCUUCUCCUGCUCUGACACAGACGAGUGUGCAGAUAACGUGAACCUGUGUGAGAACGGCCAGUGUCUGAACACUCCUGGAGGCUACCGCUGCGAGUGUGAGAUGGGUUUCACUCCUACUGAGGACAGCAAGACCUGCCAGGACAUAGACGAAUGCAACUUCCAGAACAUCUGCGUGUUCGGAACGUGCCAGAAUCUGCCUGGGAUGUUCCGCUGUGUGUGUGACGAUGGAUACGAACUGGACCGCAGUGGAGGCAACUGCACAGAUGUGAACGAGUGUGCUGACCCAGUGAACUGCAUUAAUGGCCUGUGUGUGAACAUGCCAGGAAGCUACAUGUGUAACUGCCCUCCAGACUUUGAGCUCAACCCCACAGGAGUGGGCUGCGUGGACACACGGGUGGGUAACUGUUUCCUGGACACACUGGAUCGGGGUGAUGGAGGCAUUUCAUGCAGCGCUGAGAUUGGAGUGGGCGUGUCCCGAGCCUCCUGUUGCUGCUCUCUGGGCGGAGCUUGGGGGAAUCCGUGUGAACUCUGUCCCCCGAUCAACUCCACUGAAUACAAAACUUUGUGUCCUGGAGGAGAAGGCUUCAGACCCAACCCUAUCACAGUCAUCCUGGAGGACAUAGACGAAUGCCAGGAACUGCCCGGUCUGUGUCAGGGGGGCAACUGUGUCAACACAUUUGGCAGUUUCCAGUGUGAAUGUCCUGCCGGAUACUUCCUCAACGAGGAGACGCGCAUCUGUGAAGACAUUGAUGAGUGCUCAACCCACAUCGGGAUCUGCGGCCCAGGGACGUGUUACAACACGCUGGGCAACUACACAUGCGUCUGCCCUCCUGAGUACAUGCAGGUCAACGGAGGCAACAACUGCAUGGACAUGAGGAAAAGUGUGUGUUACCAUAACUUUAACGACACGUGUGAGAACGAGCUGUCCUUUAACAUGACGAAGAAGAUGUGCUGCUGCGCCUACAAUGUGGGCAAAGCCUGGAACAAGCCGUGUGAGCCCUGUCCGACUCCAGCUACCUCUGAGUACGAGCUCCUGUGUGGGAACCCAGCUCCAGGCUUUAUCAUUGAUAUCCACACUGGAAAACCCAUCGAUAUUGACGAGUGCAGGGAGAUUCCUGGGAUCUGUGCCCAUGGAGCGUGCAUCAAUCAGAUCGGCAGCUUCCGCUGCGAGUGUCCUAUGGGCUUCAGCUACAAUAACAUCCUGCUGGUUUGUGAAGAUAUUGAUGAGUGUAACAGCGGGGACAACCUGUGUCAACGCAACGCCAACUGCAACAACAUCCCCGGCAGUUUCCGCUGCGAGUGCUCUCCCGGCUUCAAGCUGUCCCCCAGUGGAGCGUGCGUGGACCGUAACGAAUGUCUGGAAAUCCCCAAUGUGUGCAGCCAUGGUGAAUGCAUCGACACACAGGGCAGCUACCGCUGUCUGUGCCACAAUGGCUUUAAGGCCACGGCUGACCUCACCAUGUGCAUGGACAUUGAUGAGUGUGAGAGACAGCCAUGUGGAAACGGGACGUGUAAGAACACCGUGGGCUCCUAUAACUGUCUUUGCUUCCCGGGCUUUGAGCUCACACACAAUAACGACUGCAUGGAUGUGGACGAGUGCACUACUCUGGCUGGUCAGGUAUGCAGAUACGGUCAGUGUAUCAACAGUCUGGGCUCCUUCCAGUGUCUGUGUCUGGAAGGCUAUGAGCUCACCCCUGACUCUAAGAACUGCGUUGACAUUAAUGAGUGUGUGACGUACCCGGGCACCUGCUCGCCUGGUACGUGCCAGAACCUGGACGGCUCGUUCCGCUGUAUCUGUCCUCCGGGUUACGAGUUGCAGAACGAGAACUGUAUCGACAUUGACGAGUGUGAAUCUCAGCCCAACCUCUGUCUGUUUGGCCACUGUGUUAACACACCGGGAAGCUUCCAGUGUAUCUGCCAGCCAGGUUUUGUUCUGUCUGAUAACCGACGUCGCUGCUUUGACACGCGCAAGGGCUUCUGCUUCACACGUUUCGAGGCCAGCAAAUGCUCCGUUCCCAAACCUCAGAACAUUAGCAAGGCUGACUGCUGCUGCAGCCUGAUGCCCGGGGAGGGCUGGGGUGACCCGUGUGAACUCUGCCCCCAGGAGGGCCAAGCUGCAUUUAAACAGUUGUGUCCCUAUGGUCAUGGAGCUGUGCCUGGACGAGGGGAAGGCCGUGUGGAUAUGAACGAGUGUCUGGAUAACCCAUGUAAAAACGGCGUCUGCAUCAACACUGAUGGCUCCUUCCGCUGUGAAUGUCCCUUCGGCUACAACCUGGAUUACACUGGAAUCGAAUGCGUGGAUACGGACGAGUGUUCGAUCGGGAACCCGUGCGGUAACGGCACCUGCACUAAUGUGGUGGGAGGCUUCGAGUGUUCCUGUCAGGAGGGCUUUGAACCUGGGCCCAUGAUGACUUGUGAAGAUAUUAAUGAGUGUACUUUGAACCCGCUGCUCUGUGCCUUCCGCUGCGUGAACACGUUCGGCUCGUACGAGUGCAUGUGUCCCGCAGGCUACGUGCUGCGGGAGGAUCAGAGGAUGUGUCGAGACCAGGAUGAGUGUUCGGAGGGGCUGGACGACUGUGAGAGCAGGGGCAUGGUCUGCAAAAACCUCAUCGGCACCUUCAUGUGUAUCUGUCCACCGGGAAUGACUCGACGCCCUGAUGGGGAGGGCUGUAUGGACCUGAACGAGUGCAGAACCAAGCCUGGCAUCUGCAAGAACGGCCGCUGCGUGAACACAGUGGGCAGCUACCGCUGCGAGUGCAGCGAAGGAUUCGAGCCCAGCUCCACAGGCACAGAGUGCAUUGAUAAUCGUCAGGGCUUCUGCUUCACUGAGGUUCUACAGACCAUGUGCCAGCAAUCCUCCACCAACCGCAACAGCGUCACCAAGUCUGAGUGCUGCUGUAACGGAGGCCGUGGCUGGGGACAGCAGUGUGAGCUCUGCCCCCUGCCUGGCACCGUGCAGUACAAGAAGAUGUGUCCACAGGGACCGGGCUACACCACCGACGGCAGGGAUAUCAAUGAGUGUAAGGUUCUGCCCAACCUGUGUAGGAAUGGCGAGUGUCUUAACAGCGUGGGAUCCUUCCGCUGCCACUGCAACGUGGGCUACACCAACGACUUCAGUGGAACCUCCUGCAUUGAUUUGGACGAGUGUUCUCAGUCUCCCAAGCCAUGCAACUUCCUGUGUAAGAACACAGAGGGCAGUUACCUGUGCUCUUGCCCCCGAGGGUACAUCCUGCAGCCAGAUGGAAAGACCUGCAAAGACCUGGACGAAUGCUCCACCAAGCAACACAACUGCCAGUUCCUCUGUGUGAACACCAUCGGAGGCUUCACCUGCAAGUGCCCCUCUGGAUUUACUCAACACCAGACGGCGUGCAUCGAUAACAAUGAGUGUACCAACCAGCCGAGUGCGUGUGGAUCCCGAGCAUCCUGCCUCAACACCCCCGGCAGUUUCUCUUGUGAGUGUCAGAAGGGCUUCUCUCUGGACCCCACUGGACUGGAGUGUGAAGAUGUGGACGAGUGCACAGGGAACCACAGAUGCCAGCACGGAUGUCAGAACAUGCUGGGUGGUUUCCGCUGCGGCUGCCCUCAGGGCUACGUUCAACACUACCAGUGGAACCAGUGCGUGGAUGAGAACGAGUGUACCGGCAGUCAGGUGUGCGGCUCCGCCUCAUGCUACAACACUCUGGGCAGCUACAAGUGCGUGUGUCCGUCAGGGUUCGACUUCCAGCAGAGUAUGGGUGGUUGCCAGGACAUUAAUGAGUGCGGCAUGUCUAGCAACCCCUGCACUUACGGAUGCUCCAACACGGACGGUGGUUACCUGUGCGGUUGCCCCGGGGGCUUCUACAGAGCAGGACAGGGGCACUGUAUCACAGGAGUGGGCUUCCAGGGUCAGUUUGGUUCUGAGGAAGACGAGGACAGCGCUCUCUCACCCGAAGCCUGCUACGAGUGCAAGAUUAACGGUAACGGGGACAAAGGCAGCCGUCACAGACGCGACGCUGCAGACAACAAGCUGAAGGAGUCCGUGAGCAUGGCCAGCGUAGACACUCAGAACUCCAUCCCCAUGAACCUGUCUCUGGCCUCACUGCAGAACAGAGAGCCGCUGCUGGAGCUGCUUCCAGCCCUGGAGCCUCUGGAGCACCAUGUCCGCUACGUAAUCACUCACGGCAACCAGGCCGAGCACUUCAGGCUGCUGGAGCGGCGUGACGGUAAGACGAUUCUGCGCUUGGGCCGUAAGGCUCCCCCAGCCGGCUCCUACCACCUCGAGAUCGCCUCCCUGCCCCUGUACGGCCCACGCCAACUCCGCCAGCUGGAGGACCAGCACGACACUGACUACCUGCUGGGGGAGAUCGGAGAUGCGCUGCGCAUCAAGCUGCACAUUUACCUGCACUGAGCGUUCUCCUGACCUUUGACCCCAGUCCCUACACUUUAGAGCUUUAUUAUGCUGAAGAACUGUCUUCAAUCACCACCCACCUUUUUUUUUUACUUAUUGUCUCCCCCUUAUACCAAAGCAUUACAGUCAAGCCAGGACAGGCAUGAAGACAAUCAGAAAGCUUAAUUAGCCACAAAGGCAUUUAAGCCAUUAGUGACAGAUGAAACUGUCAAAAUGACCAAAAAAAGGACUAAAGCUGAUGCCCAAAUCUAUUCCCUCUAAUCCAAGACAAUCCAGUACUCCUCUUAGAUCUUAAGGUAGCGACUAUAUCAGCCUGUAAAUGCACAUACAGUUAAAUUGUGUCUCAUAAUAUUAUGUAAUGUAUUGAACGUAUGGCCAGAACAACCACUGACCUUUCUGUAAUCUCAGUGAACACUGGGGUCAAAGGAUAUUUCAUUCAGUAUUGAGUCAUUCAUAAACAAUUGUACUGUUGUCACGAAGGACUGCAACAACAACCAUGUUUCAGGUCAAAAUGGAAGUCUUAUCACAUCAAGGCUGGUCAAGCCUGCUCCUCUAGGUCUGCCUAACCCUAGUAUUUAAUUCUGGACCUAAUCCAGCAACUACACAUCUAGAGCCAGUGUUGGAUCAGGGUCGGAACUGAAAUCUAUAUAAAGGUGGAGCUUGAGGAGUAAAAUUGGCCACGCCUUAAUAGUGUCACAUACUGCUUUUACCUCUUGAACAAGUGGUUUCCGGUCCCAGGUCUGGAAGUUUCAGGAGAAUGUUGCAUCUGCUACCAUGUCGUAAUACCUCAACCAUACAGAUCUUAAAGGUGCAGUUUGUAAUUUGUGAAAAUCAUAUCAUUUUAAAGGUACCUUCGAAAAACUGUGAGUCGCAAUAGUACCAUGUAAUGAAUCGGUUGUCAGGCUUUACUUCAGGCUACUGUUUACAUUUUUCUGGCCCAGAAACAAGCUCCGCCCCAAGUCAAAGCCAUUUUCCUUAAAUGCAGCUUACAAGGAAAUCAUAGUUUCAUCAGAGGGGACAGGAUUCAGGUGUAAGCUUCUCUAUGUUUUCAUUGUCAUUGUAAUUCACCUCACAAGUUAAAAAGUCACUAAAAAUUACAAACCGCCCCUUUAAAGGCAUCAUUAUUAUGCAUCAAACCUGCUUUUCAUUAAAUCAGGGAGCUCGACAUGCAACAUGGCUACACACAAGCAAAUAAAGCUGUUCUGCCAUUAAACCUUAAACACUAUAGCGGUACAGUAGCUGAUUUUUCUGACACACUCCAGACCACAUCACACACUUAACCAUGACAUUUAUUAGCUCCCAUUCUUGUUUUCUCUCAAGGAAUAAAAAGGUGCUAAAUGUCUCCACCAGUGCUACAGAAAUGCAGUCUCAAUUUACAGAUUGCAGUCGUGAUCUUUUCAUCAGAGGUUUUGUGUUUGUCUGUUUUUUUGUAUUGUCUCAAUGCUGAAAACCAAUAUUAUCAAACUCGCUUUUCGAAAAUUAAAUUGUAUAUUUUAAGUGAAAUGUAGAUUUUUUUUUUUCAAUGUCAAUCUUUUUUUUUAAGCGCAUCAAGGCUGACAAACCAAACAGAACAUGCAGUAGAUUUAAGUGCUGUUGACUUUGUUUUCAUAAUUAAUAAUGGCUUCUUGACUGCUGCCAGACACUGAGUGACACCCAUCACUGUUUACAUGGCGACAUCCUCUAUGUGACACUCACCGAAAUAAUGCCAGCGUGGUGUUAGUGUGAAGUGGGUGUAUCGAGGACCUGCACAUUCAGAGUUAUUGCACUGUUUCUGGUGCAGCCUGACUGCAGUGUCUGAUCCUUUCUCUCUGGUGCUAAAAAAUCAUUACAUCUUCAAUCCUGAACAUCAAGGUUACUGCACUGUAAAAAAAAAAAAAAGAAAGAAAAAACAGCCUGAGCUAUAUUUAUGCAUAACCAUUCGUCUAACAUGGGAAUUUGUAUACUUUACAUGGGAACUUUGUAUACUUUUGUAUCUUUUUUUUGUAAUGUUUUUAAUCAUAAUUUUAUUUGCCACUACAUGUAAAAGAAUGAAUGUGCGUGUGUGUACUGUAUUUCAACAUCAUUAGCAAACUUGAAAUAUCUCAGUCAUCGUCACGCUCUCUGAACUGAACGCAUUUCAUCAGUGGUGCUCAUGAUGGUUUGGCAUGACAGCCAACAGCUAACACUGUUUCUCUCUCUCUCUCUCUCUCUCUCUCUCUCACACACACACACUCACACACACACUGCAGUAUUUUUGUGAGCAUAUAGGAAUGAGGCUGUAUCUGAGCAUCCACCACACUCUGGAAAUCAAAGAAUUCUUAGAAACUUGAUCAGUCACAUCGGUCAUAUCAUUCCAUUUUUUUUAACAAUCUGUAAACCACAACAAAUGGCAAUAAAGCAAUAUGGGUUAUGUUUUUAAAUA